ACCCGUAGAAGAAGAAUCAGAGGAAGCGGAAGUAACUGUUGUUGUUGUGAGACUCCGCUGUUAAAACAAAAGCAGCGGAAUGUUACGUUUAUAACUGCACAACUGUGUUUAUUUCAGACGAUCUACUUUAUCGGGAUAAUAUACAUUCUUUCUGGAUUUUAAUUGAGACAAAUCGGUGAUGGAUAGCGAGGUUUCAGAUUUUGAUCAACCUCCAGGACCAAAGAUGAGUCUGGACCGGACAAAUGCACCUGUCUACUGUGUUUGUCGUAAACCAGAUAUCAACUGCUUUAUGAUUGGUUGUGAGAAGUGCAGCGAGUGGUUUCAUGGCGAUUGCGUUCAUAUAUCAGAGAAGAUGGCGAAAACCAUCCGUGCCUGGUACUGUGAAAAGUGUCGAAGUAAAGAUGAGUCCUUGGAGAUCGAAUAUCGUCCCAAGAAAAGCCGGGAAAAAGAAGCCGAGCCUGACCGAACCGAUAGCCAACCAGACACUCCGGAUUUCAAGACAGAUGGGCGACGCGGAUCACGGAUUAAGCGCUCCGCUCGCAUGUGUGGUGAAUGUGAACCCUGCAUGCGCACAGAAGACUGUGGACAAUGCGACUUUUGUAAAGACAUGAAGAAGUUUGGUGGCCCAAACAGGAUCAGGCAAAAGUGUCGCCUGAGACAGUGUGAAGUGCGCGCUAGGAGUCUGAAUCAGGUCUCGAGUCAAAUGCUUAGAAGUCAAGUCUCAGAUCUGACACCCAAUUUUCAAUCUCUGAAAAUGUUGCGAGUUAAGGAUGAGGAAUACUCCAUGUCUAGGGGUAGAGAUCAGUAUCAAGAUGGUCCAUUGUCUGAGGACUACAGUGAAAGUGAGCUGGAGCUCUACCAACAGUACUGUGCUGGCCAGUACGGAGAUCACAGCACGGGUUGGAACAGCGAUGACGACGACGGUUCGUACGUUGAUUCGGCUCGGAGAAAGCGGGCCGUGAAGGUCAAACAUGUCAAAAGAAGAGAAAAGCGAUCUGAAAAAAAGAAAGAAGAGAAUAAGCCCCGAAAGCACAAACCCAAACAGAAGCAUCGGGACAAGGUGAGACACAGCGAGCGGGCAGAAGUUCGAGACACCGGAGGGGCCAGACAAUGUCUCGGACCCAGAUGUGUUGAAGCUGCACGUGCCAACUCUAAAUACUGCUCUGAUGACUGCGGUAUGAAGCUCGCUGCCAAUCGCAUCUGUGAGAUCCUGCCGGAGCGCAUUCAUCGGUGGCAGCAGAGUCCGUGCAUCGCUGAGGAACAGGGGAAGAAACUUCUGGAGCGAAUCCGUCGCGAGCAACAGUCGGCUCGCAUGAAACUCAGUGACAUGGAGAAACGCUUUCAAGAGCUGGAGGGCAUCAUCGCUAAAGCCAAACAGCAGGUCGUGCAGUAUGAUGAAGAGGUGAAUGAGGGCGAUGAUGACACAGAUCUGCAAAUCUUCUGUGUGUCCUGCAGUCACCCAGUUAACCCUAAGGUGGCGCUGCGUCACAUGGAAAGGUGCUACGCUAAGUAUGAGAGUCAAACAUCAUUUGGCUCCAUGUAUCCCACACGCAUAGAGGGUGCUGAGCGACUCUUCUGUGAUGUUUACAAUACACAGAGCAAAACCUACUGUAAGAGGCUACAGGUUCUCUGUCCAGAGCACUCCAGAGACCCGAAGGUCCCUGCAGACGAGGUCUGUGGAUGCCCACUGGUCCGUGAUGUUUUCGAGCCCACCGGCGAGUACUGCAGGGUGUCCAAACGCAAGUGUAACAAACACUACUGCUGGGAGAAACUCCGCAGGGCUGAAGUGGACCUUGAGCGAGUCCGAGUGUGGUACAAGUUGGAUGAACUGUUUGAGCAGGAGCGCAAUGUCAAAACAGCUAUGACAAACCGUGCAGGUCUCAUGGCCCUCAUGCUUCACCAGACCAUUCAACAUGACCCCAUUACCACAGACCUGAGAACCAGCAAGGACAGAUAAGCAUCCUUUUGACAGUUGCUGCUGAAGUUUGUGAAGAUAUGUCUUGAGUCCAUGUCUUAGCAGUUGUUUGAUCGACUUGUGAAACUGUAAAUCGAAUCUCAUCAUGUUUCUGCAUAAAUGUAAUCUUUAGUUUCACUCUUUAAUUGGUGCUGUAACGGUGAAUAUUUGUUCCCACAUCUUUUAGAUUUUGUAUUAAUCUGAUAACCAUGUACGUGUGCAUUAAAAGAAAUCCCUAUUGACUGUUUAAA